AUAAUGAAAGAUCCAUUAUUGUACAAUGGCCUACCAGGGAAAUGGAGCCUGGACUUCACAGUUAUUGCUGGAUAGCUUUGGUGAUGGGGAUUCAACCCACCAUACUUUGUAAGAUCGUGCUUGGGAUAGCUGAAAUACCAGGCUUUUUCUAAGGAAUGAAUUGCCAAACAGUGAAUCUGAAAAAGGUUCAUGAUUGCUCUGUGGUAGGGUAGGUUUUGCUUUUUCUUCUGUGUUCUAGUUGGAAGACACUGAAAGCUGUUGAGUUACCCUGGAUCUACACGUGGGUAGUGAGCUAGUUAAUGUCAGUUUUGUUGUUGAUUUUGGCAGCAUUUGUUUAUAGGCUUACAAGGAUUUUUUAAAUUUAUAGGAUAAUAUUGUGAUUAUCUGGGAGCAUAAGGUGAGUCAUGGUUCUUACAGGCAUGAAAUGCUCCUUCAAUUACUCAAGCUUCAGCCCUAGUCAUAGAUUUUUAGUCAUAAAUUCUAGUCUUGUGUUGCCAAGAAAAAUAAGAGGACAAAAUCCAUUAGAAGCAGUAGGUGAAGUGUUCUAAUGGUAGUACCUUGAUGCUGUAAACCUGCCCCUUUCUUCCACAUCACAUUUCUAACCAUCAUGCUUUAAUCUGCCUGUGUCUGACAUAAGGAAUUUGAGCUGCUUCAGUUUUUCUUUAACUCGUAGGCACACGUGCUUGCCAAACUUCUGGUUUUGGUGAGAUAAACAGGUAAUCUUUCUGAUGUGAUUACUGUAAAAGCUCUAAUUUUCAAUCCUCCAGUUACUAGAAUCACUAUUUAAAUUUACUUUACUCUUCCACUCUUUUUUAUGAAGAGUAACUGUCAGAAAACUAGAUGUGAUAUUCCUUCCCACUGCUGUUGGUGCACCUCCCAUAUUUUAUUCAGCCAAGCCCUUCAAUCACACUGUCUUACCCAACAUCUUCAUUAUCCUCCGCACUUUUUUUUUUUUUACAUCUAUUUUGUCGUAGGACAGAGUGCUGCAUUCUUAAAAGUACUUUUUCAAUGAUUGCUGGGCUUGGGCUGCAAUAAGACACUUUUUGUCUGCUUUCAUGUAGACUGCUUUCAAGGAGGUUUCUUUAUCUUUUUUGCUUAUUCACACGAGCCAGGAUCUUCUUAGGAGCCUGGGGCGGGGGGGGUGACUUCUAAUAACAUUAAAUAUUUCAGGCCUGGGAACAUAUUCCUGUACAAACUGAAUAAAAUAUACACCAUCAUUAAUGAUUUUUCAGUUACAGUCAUAUUACAGGAUCUACUAGUUAGCCAGCUUUAAUCUCUCUAAUGUGUCAUGUUGUUUCAGAAUUGGUUUAGUUCCCUAAUCAACAUGUCAUGGAGUAGCCAACUGUAAUACAUUACAGAGCAUUUAGCAAAUUGCAUCAACAUUAUCACUUAAAAAAAAUUAUUCCAUUGUUUUCCCCAGGAUUGAUGGCACAGAAAGCAGGCUUAUGAUUUGUUUAGUGGUACUUUGAAAAAUAUUGGUGGGGAGCUGGCAUUUUUCCAAUCUUCUGCAGUUUCCCAGUUUUUCAAAGCCUUAUUAAAAAUUGAUAUUGAUGGACAAGCUUUUCAGCUCUCCCAGUGUGGAAUGGUCCCUCGAGAACAGGUUGCAUAGCCAACAUCUGUGAAGGGGGAAACCUCUGCUCUGCAGCUUAAGAGAGUUAAAUUACUCAUCCCUGCCUCCGAGUUAGGAAACAGAGGCUGAUGCAAAGUUAGGUGACUUUAGUGAAGUCUUGUUGCCAGUGAGCACUGAGCCCCUUGGUGUGACCAGAAACAGCCAGGCACCCUAGGUACCUUCAUUCUGACCACAAAAAGUGAAAGUGCAAAAUAAAGCUUAUUGGUUGUGGGACUGGCCAAAGAGUAUGAAGCCCAGCCCUGAAGAGCUGCUUGAAAGGAAAGGAUGUCAAAUUCAUAUUCUGCCUCUCCUUGUUGCAGCUGCAGCCUGUUCCUUCUCUGAUCUCCAGGCUGGGCUUGCAGCCUUGGUUCCUGCGCAUCCGCUGUGCCUUCAGCCCCGUGCUCACUGAGAUGGAAAUGCUCAAGUGGUGGCCCUGUCACGUAGCACACUCUGAGUUAUGUAAUCAACUGCUUCAUAGGGGUUUAAAACUACCAAUGCAGAGAGGAGAAAGCACUAAAUGAAAUGCCUGUGGAGGACAACAAUGAAUUAGGUCAUCUAUUAAAUUUUUCAUCUCUUGAGUCUGUUCAAGCCCAGCAGCAUCAGAAGCAGUAUAAGUCUGAGAAUUCAGAAUCUUAAAAUGAGAAAGUAAUGGGUGAAGAGCCCAUUAUGAAACAGAUAUAAAAAUGAACUGCAUUGCUUCUCUCCCUUUCUUUUUGCCUUUCAGAAUGCAGCAGAAAGACUUUUGUUGGUCAAACUGACUGUGUGUCCAUCUCGAGUUUAUUAACCUCCUUGCAUAUCAAGCUGAACAUUAAUCAUUUGCCAAAAGGAAACUAUUUCGUACCAGGAUGGAUAAUGCAGCAUGAAUGAAAGAUAUUUCACAAAGUCUUGUGUAACUCAGAAGGAAGCAAAAUUAUUUUAUUUAAUAUACGAUUAAAUCAGACCGCAAGAAAAGUCUCGCCUUAACUCUUCUCUCCCCUUCCACAUUGUACGAGUGGUAUAAUCAAAAUUUAAACCACUGUACAUGGGCAUAGCUCCCUUCGUAUCACUGGAGGUUAGCUGACUUCUAGCAGCAGAAAGUAAAAUCCUUGUGCUUCAUAGUAGGUUUGCUGGUUUUUGACUUCCCCUUGGCUUGUUUUUCAGGAUACCACUCUACUAUUUGAUAGCCUAAUAUAUACUGAUGAGAGGGUGAUAAUAAUAUUCUACCACUUGCCUUCUCUUCCCUCACUUUUCAUCAUAUUGUCCCCUUGUUCAAACUUUUUAUCAUCAUUUGAACAGAGAAGAGGAGAAAUCGUCACACUCUCAGCCUGUUAUCGAGAUGCAGAACAGGGAGAAAAAAGUGUGCUGAUCUCUGGAUAUCCCUCCCUGCAUCUCUGCUGAAGAAGACACUGACUGCAUCUCUAAUCGGAUUGCUUAAGCUCCCAUGCACAACCUUCUUCUUAUUAGCAAGUAUUAGAGAUGGCUAACAGAGGACCAAGCUAUGGCUUAAGCCGAGAAGUUCAGGAGAAGAUUGAACAGAAAUACGAUCCGGAAUUAGAGUCUAGGCUGGUGAACUGGAUUAUUGUACAGUGUGGAGAACAGAUAGAGCACCCUCCUCCUGGAAGGCAACAUUUUCAGACCUGGUUGAUGGAUGGAACGCUGUUAUGCAAGUUAAUAAACAGUUUGCAUCCAAAGGGAAAUGAGCCUAUUGCAAAGAUCUCUGAAUCAAAAAUGGCUUUCAAGCAGAUGGAACAAAUUUCUCAGUUCUUAAAAGCUGCUGAAAUCUACGGAGUAAGAACAACAGAUAUUUUCCAGACAGUGGAUUUAUGGGAAGGGAAGGACAUGGCAGCAGUGCAGAGAACCUUAAUGGCUUUGGGCAGUUUGGCAGUCACCAAGGAUGAUGGCUGCUACAAAGGAGAUCCCUCCUGGUUCCACAGGAAAGCACAGCAGAAUCGACGAGGAUUUUCAGAAGAGCAGCUCCGGCAGGGACAGAACGUAAUAGGCCUUCAGAUGGGCAGCAACAAGGGAGCAUCACAGUCGGGUAUGACAGGCUAUGGGAUGCCAAGGCAGAUCAUCUAAAAGCAUCUCUGUCUGUGGAGAAAACACUCUUUCUGCAGCAUGGUCUGUUAAGGGGAAAAAAAAAAAAAAAAGAAAAAAAUGCUUAUUAGUUCCCUUUCUGCCUGGUUUUUAAUAGUUAGUGCUCUCUAAGGUUUGGGGUAUUUUUGGUUUGGUUUGUUUUCUUUGCAGCUGCAAGAGCUCGCCUAGGAACUUGGGUUUUUGUGGUGGUGUGUGUCAGUUCACAGCACGUGCGCACUGCUGCCUCCUACUUUUCACUUCUGAACUAUGCAAAGACAAUUAUUCUGUAUUAAUUUAUUUGCAAAGUGUUAUCUUCCAUAUUUGUCUCACACUGCACUUGUAUUUCAACCUCGUUCUUCAAUUCAGUGAUGAUAUUGUUUGACUGAAGAAUAAAGACAAAUUAAAGACA